AUGUAUGUUAUUAUAAAUAUAUCCAUUUUAUAUAUUCUGCUACUUUUAAUAUUUAAUAUAAAAUCCAGUGUAAGUAAUUUAAUAUAUCAAAAGAAGUUAAAAAAAAUUAUGUCCGAUGUAAAUUACUAUAAUAUAAAUAAGACACAAAAUGUAUGGAACAAUAAAAGAUUAGGAUUAAACAAACAUAUUCAUACCAGUAACAAUAAAAAUAAAGAAUAUCAUAACAGAUUAAACAAACCAUUGUAUGAACAUAUUCAUAAAAUAUUAUAUGACAAUAAUGAUUAUGAAAAAAUUAUAAAGACGAAUAAAUAUAGUUCCUUUUGUAUAUUAAAUACAGGGAAUAAGGUUCUUCAAAAAUGCAUUAAAAAAAGCAAGUUAAAUAAGUUCCAUUUUUUAUAUCAUUCUCCUUAUAUAUCUAGAUAUAAUAAUAAUAAAAAAAAUAAUAACUAUGAAGGAAAUAUAAAUAAUAACACAUUUAAAUUAAAUAUUCAAAAUAUAAAAUAUGAUAAUAUAUUAUACAACAAAAAAAUUAGACAUAUGUAUUUUAAUAAUUCUAUAUUUAAUAAGUCAUACAAUUCUGAUCAUUUAAAUAAUAAAAGUAGAAGCUUUUCUAUAGGUUCUAUAUCUAAUAAUACUAUAAAUAAAAUGAAUACAAUAAAUUGUUCUACAAACAAAUAUGAUAAUGAUAUUAUUGAUGGAUACAAUAAUAUUAAUCAACAUGAUAAUAUGGAAGGGAUAUAUAUUAGUAACACAUAUGAUGAUAUGAGCAACGUCCAGAUGCAACAAAUGGGUUUACAAAAUAUAACAUUUGAUGAAGAUAAUUCGAAUGAAAAAAAUAAAAAAACAAAAGAAAACACAAAAAACAUAAACAACAUAAACAAUAUAAACAAUAAAGAAAAUAUUGUUGAGAAAACAAAAAAAAAGAGAUUUUUUUCUGAAGAAUCCAAAAGAAGAAUGAAAGAAAAACUUCGAUUAAUUAUGAAGAAGAAAUGGAAAAAUAAUGAAUUUCGAAAAAAAAUGAUUAAAUCAUUUAGAAAACGUAGUACGGAUCAUAACAAAAAAAUAUCAGAUACUGUGAAAAAUAAAUGGAAAUAUGAUAAGGAAUAUAAAUUAAAAACGUUAGAAGGUCAAAGGAAAUAUUUCUUAAAAAAAAGUAAAAGCAACAAAUUCAAUUCUCCUUCUCAAGAAACAAGAAGCAAAAUAUCAAAAUCUAUGAAACAAUAUUGGUUAAAUAAAAAUAAAUAUACAAAAAGUGAUAUGAAUAAUUUACAAUCAUUAGUAAUCAAAAAGAAAAAACAUAAAAAAGUAUGGGAAAAUAUUUAUUCCAUUAUAUUAAAUCAAAAAAUUGAUGACAUAACAAAUUAUCAAACGUUUCAUCACAACUUAUCUGUAAAUUUACAAGCGGCUCUGAAUUAA